AUGUCAAUGCAAAAAGAAGUAUUAGAGAAGUUCCACGACUGUUCAUUAGUUGGCGGACAUCUUGGAUAUCAAAAGACCUACUCAAAGUUAGCAUCAAGAUAUUACUGGAAUAAUAUGGGUAUGGAUGUUAAAGAAUACAUCAACAAUUGUGAUAUAUGUCAAAAGAUGAAAACCAGUCCAUUCAGUAAGUUCUCACCAGAGUUGGGAACCAUUAUAGUAGAGAAACCAUGGGACUUGGUUGCAGUAGAUUUCGUUGGACCAAUGAAAGUACCAUCAAUGUCAGGUCAUAAGUACAUAAUUGUGUUUUCAGAUUAUAUUGCACUGCCGAAACAACAGCAAUACAUUACUUCAAAUUUAAUUAUAUCAAGACACGGUUGUCCAAAAAGAUUACUAUCGGAUUGUGGUACAUCAUUCUUGAAUAAAGUUAUAAGUAGUGUAAAUGAAUUAUUCAAAGUAAAGAAAGUAAAUACAAGCCCAUACCACCCACAGACUGAUGGAUUAGUUGAAAGGUUCAAUAAGACCAUCGUAAUUAUGUUAAAAUCAUUCACACAAGAAGUUCACACUAUGUGGGAUUUGUAUCUUGAUUCAUGUUUAUUCGCAUAUCGAAUCUCAGUCCAUACAUCAACAGGUGCAAGCCCAUUCUCAAUGCUUUAUGGAAGAGAAGCAACUAUACCAAGUGAUCUUGGUACAUUAAAUCCAUUCAAUAAUUCAGCAACAACCAAUGAUAAUUAUGUUGGAAAGUUGGAAGAAACAAUCAACAAAAGUUUAGAGAUUGCAAAAACAAAAAUUCAAGAAUCUCAAACAAAGCAGAAGCAAUAUUAUGAUGGAUUAAAAACAAGAAAGAAUUCAAUCUCACCGGGAGAUUAUGUACUCUUGAAAAAUCAAACCGUAAAAGAAGAAGAAUUAAAGAAGUUCAGACCAAGUUGGAUUGGACCGUUUAAAGUUGUUAGGAUACUUUCAAACCAAACAAUACAAAUACAAGUACCAUUGGGUUCAAACAUGUCAACAACACAGUCAUUAAGAAAUUGCAAGAGAUAUUUCAACAAAAUAAACAAAUUGAACCAAUUACCUUCAUUCAUAAAUCAACCAUCCCAAGUAUCAAUGAAUGAAUUAUCAUUCAGCAGAUUAGUUAAUCCAAGUAUUGUAGUAUCGAGUCCACCACCAUCAACUAGCACACCACAACAUGGUCAAGCUGUAACACAACUCCCUGUAGUACUCCCAAAAUCAAAUAGAGCGGGGGUGAGUGUAAUAAUCGCGAACAAUUAA